CUUCAAAACGUCCAAGUCAUUGACAUUGACAACCUGUUUCUGUCAAAACGUGUGGGGGGGGGGAUAAUUAAGUAAAAGUAAACAAGUUACGUCCACUUUUCUUUCCGAGGUCGGCAUUGUUAUGCGACAAGGACAGAGUGUGAGGUCAUAGCCGGCAGGGUGCAGCCGCUAUUCGCCAUGAAGAAAGUGGUGCUGUUCAAGAGCGCGUCGGAGGAGUACCAACGCGCGUGUAGCGCACUUCAGUACGAAGCUAUUUUCGUGGAGCCACUGCAGUUCGAGUGGCGCAACGUGGAGACGCUGCGUGCGGCGCUGACGCGGCGCGAGUACGUGGGGCUGGUGCUGACGAGCGCUCGCGCCGCCGAGGCUGCAGGGCGCUGCUGGGACCCCGCCAAGUUCGAGCUGUGGAGCGCGCGCCGCGUCUACACUCUCGGCGAUGCCAGCGCGCAGCGCAUCAAGCUGCUGCUGGGGCUUGACGCGCUCGGUACCACCGCCGGAAAUGCCGAGAAUCUGGCUAAGAUCAUUCUGGAUGAAAAUCCAGUUGACUCCAAAUUUUUGUUCCCCUGUGGUAAUUUGAGCUCAGAGACGCUUCCUAGUGUACUCGAGGGCCAAGGCAUAUCGGUGGACAGUCUCACGGUGUACGAGACAACAGAGAAUGAAAAGUUAAGAAAUAGUUUGUUGGAGUUGAACAGAUCAGAGGACCCGUGCUGCAUGGUGUUCUUUAGUCCUUCGGGGUGCGAGUACAUCCACCGACAGCUGCAGACCUUUAGCAACAAACUCUACCACUUACCACACUUUGCUAUUGGUAAUUCCACUGCCCACAAGAUUGAGAACCUAGGAAUAGAGGUAGCAGGUGUGGCGUCCAAACCCAAACCGGAGUGUGUGAUGGAGUCCAUACACAAGUAUUUCACGACUCACACUUGCAGCUGAUGAACAAGCUUUUAUUUUUUACUAUAGCAAUAUAAUGGUUAUGGAUUACAAUUUAAAUUAGCUUUAAUUGUGAUAAAUAUGAAACACUAUUUAACUGAUUAUGAUAAUUUAUUUUAUAAUUCGGUGUAUAAUGUGAAGAGAAUAAUUGAGAGCACUCACAAUUUUAGAUAUUUAAGUCGAGUUAAGACAAAUAUAAAAAAUACUAUAAAUCUUCUUGAAAAAAUAUAUUUUAAUAAGUGUUUGAAAAAUCAAUAA